UGACAUUGUUUACAAAACAUGGCGGCGAUCAAUUAGUAACAUCGAUAUAGGAAACGAUUUGUCAAUAUUUGUAUAAUCAUUGUUUCCGUUUGAGUUAGCAGGUGCCUAAAUUAAUACCAUUUAAUCAUUGUGUGUAUUGGUAUGACAAUUCGAGCUGAACAAGUGAAACAACUUUGAAAGGCUUACAUUGAAAUAAACUCAACAUAUUUCUGAUUCAUUGAGUACCAGUGCAUGUAUAAAAAGUAGUUUCAAGUGAAAAAUUAUAAAAGAAAAGAAAAGAAUAAACGUUAAACUUUUAUUGCUACUGUAUUAAUGUAGGCAGUUAUGGCGGGAAGGAAACGUUCACAGUUACGUGCCCCUUACGACACAGACGAAGGUUAUGAGACAUUCCCCCCACCGCAGAGGCCUCAGAAUGGAAUUCCAGAGUACGACAAUCGCUUCAGCUCACCUCGGGUACAGGAAAACCCGCGAUCUCGAGCAACAUCAAGAAAUCCGUCGCGUUUGGAUCUUCUCGAGGAUAGGAUUGCGCAACAGGAGAAGAAUACACAAUCUGUGAUAGAGAGGGCGUUCAAAACAAAGGAGGAUGUGAUUGAGAGCUUGAACUUUACGCACGGGACAUGGCAGGAAGAGAAGCACGCGCGCAACAUGCUUCAAGAACACAUUCGGACAAUCACUGCGGUGGUCAACCGGCUUAACAACGAUAUCGCUAGCUUGGAGGAAACCAUAAGAGCGAGAGACAGUGCUGCUGUUGGAACCAACACAGCAGUAAAGAAUCUGGAGGUACAUCAUGUGGCCACACUGACUGACCUUCGCGGCAGAAUUGUGCGCUGCGACACCUCCAUCGGGAAAUUGUCACAGGAGAUACGACAGUGCUUUGAAGCUGUCAAACAAGUGGGCCAGGGACAGUCAGAUCAACAAAACAGACUCCUGGACAGAAUACACGAGAUGGAAUCCAAGAUUGUUUCCCUGUCUGGAAAUGUAGAGCGAAAUUCCAGUGAACAGAAGAUGAAAGUGCAGCACCUGGAGAGUGACUCGAGCCAGCAGAUGGCCCAGCUUGACUCUCGCACUCGACAAAUCAUUGACGACCUCAAAAACAGCAUCACAACAUAUCAGCAACAUGCAGAUGUGGAACGGGAGAAGUUGGAGGAGAAACUGUUUUCCUUGGUAGAAAACCAGGCUCAGAUUCGCGACCAAAUAGUGGACAAAGUGGAGCGCAAGGUGGAUGAGCUGCAGUUUGUGAUGGAGGAGAGGAUGAAGAAGAUGGAGCAGCAGAUCCUGCUGGAGAGCCAGAGACUGACGGAGAUGCAGCAGGAAAUGCAGAACAAGGUGGUCUCACGACUUGAAGGGUUGAUACGUCAGCAGCAUGACGAGGUUGCCAAGGUGAAGCGUGAUCAGCGCGAGGGAUUCUCUACAGUGCAGGAGAGCAUUACGAAUAUGAAGACAGUGAUGGAGGGCAAACGGAAACUGUUGGAGGAUCAGCUACGCAAGGAAAUCAGCCAGAUCAGGAAGAUGGUCGUGCUUGUGUGAUAGUUGUCAAGGAUUUCUGGUGAUGUUGAAACGUAGUAUCUUAUUUCUUGUAAAUAUAUAGUCUUGGUCUGGGGAAAACAGGACUUUAUGCAUGUGCGUAAAGUCUUGUCCCAGACAAGCAUGUGCUCCUCACAGGCUUAUCAGGGCUGACACUUUCCGCUUUCAUGGUAUUUUUCGUUUAAAGAGGGUGGAACGUUUGCAGGCUAAUCAGGGAUGACAUUUUACGCACAUGCAUAAAUCUCUUUUUACAAAGUGAGUUCAAAUGAAAAGAAGAUGCAACCAUUUCACCCUAAACAUACAAAUUGCCUUAGGAGCUUUAUGGAUAAGACCCCAGGGUUUAAAAGUUGUAAAUCUAUGCAUUGAUAACUUAUUUCGAUUAUAUGUAGUCAUGUGUUUCCAAGCAUGCUCUUUCGUCUAAAAAAGCAUAUUGUUUAACAUGAUUUAAGAAAACCAGUAUACAUCUAGCAGUCUGCUAACUUGUGACACUAGGUUAAAAAAUUAAAAAUGGUUAUGCUAUUCUUAGGACCAAUAGCAGCCUAAACAAGUUACGUUUUGAAUACAGUACACAUAAUGAUAAAAUGUUAUGUGUUUAAAACUUAACAUAUUUUCACUUGCACAAGUGUUUGUAAAAGUAUUGUUAUCUCAAUUUUCUUAGAAAAAUAAUUCAUUGUAUAUCCCCAAAAAGAAACAAAUAUUCUUAAUUUAUAAUUUUUAAAUCACUCUAGCAGAUAUGGAUCAGCAAUCUGACUGCCUAAGCUUAGCUGCAAAGCAACAUUUGAAACAUUUUCACAGAGUAGAUCAUUAAAAAUUAUGUAUCUUUGUUUCUUAGAACAUUUCUAAUGCUAGCCUUUAUUCUUUUUUUUAUAAAAAGGAGACCUUUUUCAUCAUGUCUUAAUCUGUUUUGAAUGUAAAAGGUGUAUGUUCAUAGUUGAGCAAAAUCAAACUGAGCCACACUCUGGGAAUAAUGGGCUUAACCCUUUGCAUGCUGGGAAAUUUGUCGUCUGCUAAAAUGUUGUCUGCUGAAUUUCUAAAAUUAGCAUUUUCUUCGAUUUUUUUUCAAAAAAUACUAUCAGAAUAGCAAACAGUUUGGAUCCUGAUGAGACGCCACGUUCUGUGGCGUCUUAUCUGGAUCCAAACUGUUUGCAAAUUCCUUCACAAUUCGGUUCCAGCACUGAAAGAGUUAAUGCAUGUGCAUAAAGUGCCGUCCCCGAUUAGCUUGACUAGCAGUCUGCACAGGCUAAUCAAAGACGACCCUUUCCGCUUGUAAGAAAUUCUUGGUUUUACAGAAGUCUCAUCUAUUGUCCUUGAUAAGCAUGUGUGGUCUGGGCAGGUUAAUCUGGGACGACACUUUAUGCACAUGCAUCAUGCACAGUUUUCCCACAGUGCUGCUCAACUAUUUCAGAUUAGAUGUGCAGCUCUACAUUAAAUCAUAAAUGAAGUUGUAUUAUUAUGUAUUUGUGCUCUAUGUUGGGGAUUUUAAAUAGCAGUAGUCUGUGAUACAUUUUAGAUGUUUUGUUCUGUUUAUUAUCAUACAGCAUUGAUAACUUUUACUGUUACAAAAGCUUUAUGUUUUAUUGAAAUGUGUAUUUUAAUACAUACAGUACGUUUCAUUUUCAUUGAAUCAGCCAUAAUCAUAGCACAGUGUUCUUUUAUGUACUUCAACACAACCAUAAAAUUAUAUAUUUUUUAGAAAGUCUUAAAUAAUAGCUUUGUCAUUGUAUGCAUUAAUAUAUGUAUAGAAAAAUGAAAUAUCAUUUUGUACAACUGUUGUAAAACUAAGAUGUUUUAUGCAAUAAGGCUUUGUAUGCACAUCCAACAUGGUGGCGCUUACAAGAGGAAAGUCAUUUUUUACCAUCAAAUAAGGAGUUGAUGCAGCCAAAUUUUGCCACAACUAAUAAGCAGAUCUUGUAUUUCUUAUUGACAAAUAAAACUGCAUUGUUUUAUUUUUGAGAAUAUAUAAUUGAUGUGAUGAUUGUUCUAUUGUCGGUGAUGCAGUUACACUUAUGGGUUAUAACUUGUUGCAUUCUUUUAAGUACUGUUAGAUGUCGAUAAUAAGGUAAUUUAGUAUAAUGGAUAAUGCAGAUUGUCUGUGCUAUUCAGAAAAUAUAUUUUGUUUAAAAACAUGUUAUUGAAAUGAGAUGAUCGUGUAUUUGUUGUAUUAAGAUUAUUGAAAGCACAUUCUGGUCUAGACUGUAGAUCAGUUAAGAAUGGAAACUUGAAAUUAUUUAACCCUUUCCCACUCCGAAGCAGUGGAAAUGAUUUUUGCAACCAGCAUAAAACCAGAACAGCAUGCGAGUAACUCGCAGGCUGUUUAAGUUUUAUGAUGUUUGGUGACAUCAGUAUCUUAGGGUUGGAUAUGAAGCCUUUAAAUUUUGAAUCUAGUAAGAAAGGUUUUUAGUUAAAUUCAACUUUCUAAGGGACCACAAAUGCAUCAAAAUAUGUACCGGUAUCUAAGUGG